AUGUUCCAGACUAAUGCUGAAUAUGAUCGUGGCGUGAAUACAUUUUCGCCCGAAGGGCGACUCUUUCAGGUGGAGUACGCCAUUGAAGCCAUUAAGAUGGGAACCACUGCUAUCGGUGUUCGCACGAAGGAAGGCAUCGUAUUAGCCGUGGAGAAACGGUUGACGUCGCCUUUGUUGGAACCUGGCAGCAUAGAAAAGAUCAUGGAAGUUGACAAGCAUGUAGGCGCUGCAAUGAGCGGGAUUACUGCUGACGCACAAACUUUGAUUGAUCACGCCCGCGUGGAAGCCACAAACCAUUGGUUUUCGUACAACGAGCCUAUGCGUGUACAGGCAUUGACACAGUCCAUCUGUGACUUGGCGCUGAGUUUUGGUGAAGGCUCGGACGAGAACAAUCACAAGCAGAAAAUGAGUCGUCCCUUUGGCGUUGCUUUGCUGCUCGCCGGUGUAGAUGAGGCCGGGCCGCAGCUGUUUUUUUCAGAACCUUCGGGCACCUACUGGCCCGUGAAGGCUCACGCCAUCGGUUCCGGGUCGGAAGGCGCACUGAACAAUCUCAAGGACGGAUUCACGGAUGAUCUGACAUUGCAAGAGGCUGAAACACUUGCAAUUAGCGCCUUAAAACAGCACAUGGAAGAGAAGCUUACCAGCACCAAUGUGGAAUUGGCUAUUGUCACGCGUGAAGAGGGAUUUCACGUGUGCACUGCUAAGGAGCUGGAGGUCGUUAUCGGUCGUCUGUAG